AUGUUAGAACAUCGAAGAACACAUGCCGUUGAUCGUUCGUUUAAAUGUAAAACAUGCAACAAAGCAUUUACAAGUAAGUUCAACCUAAAACGGCAUGCAAGAAUACAUACAGGGGAGCGUCCAUUCGAAUGCGAAUUAUGCAAUAAGAAGUUCAAACAAAAGGUGACUUUCUUAAAGCAUAAAAAUGUUCAUUCGAAUGGCAACCGCGAACAACCUGUAAAGAUUCAUAAUGACGAGAAACGGUUCAGAUGUGAAACAUGUGAUAGAUGGUUUAGGCAAAAGAUCGCCCUAAAAGAACAUGAAAAGGUCCAUACAAAUGAACGGCCUCAUCGUUGCAAUACUUGCAACAAGGCCUUCAAGAAAAAAUGGAACCUUACGCAGCAUGAAAGGAUACACAUGGACGAGAAACCCUUCAAGUGCGAAACAUGUAAUAAACAGUGUACGCAAAAAAAGACACUGAAGCAGCACCGAAGAGUGCAUCUCUGA